AUGGCUCUCUCCUCAGAGCCCCAAAUGUCCACCCCUUCGAAGGAUGUAAAGUCUGACGCAGGCUUCGAGGCUGUUCACGAUGAGAAAGUCCUCGAGCAGAUCGGAGUAACCGAUAAUCGCGGAGACUACUCGGGUGCUGCAACCAAGACUGACCCUGCUGAGAUUGCCUUGGUGCGCAAGCUCGACAGAAUGAUCAUGCCAUUCUAUCCGGGUGCCCUCUAUUUGCUAUCGAUCUACUACACUCGCAAAGAACUCGCUACGCGCAUUUCGCUACUCUACACUGGCCAAGUCGUAAGCACUGGGUGUUCAGGGCUUAUCGCGGCAGCUACUUUCUCUACACUUGAUCAAGUCAAAGGAAUUGCUGGUUGGCAAUGGCUCUUUAUCAUCGAAGGCUCAGUGACUGCUCUUGUCGCUGUCUUCGGCUUCUUUCUACUCCCCGAUGACCCUUCUGAGACUCGAUGGCUCACUCCCGAAGAGCGCGAACUUUGUAUCAAGCGAAUCAGUCGAGAUACUGUCGGUCAACAGACUCGAGGUACAACUUGGGAAGGUCUCAAGCAAGCCUGCAAGGAUCCCCGAACCUGGCUUUUCUGUCUUAUGCAGAACCUUCAUAUCAGUGCAUGCUCCUUCAACAACUUUUUCCCAACCAUCGUCCGUUCCAUGGGAUUCAAGUCUACUACAGCUUUGCUCCUCACAGCACCCCCGUAUUUUGUUUCUGGCAUUCUUGGUAUCCCAUUUGCAUGGUCCUCUGGCCACUUCAACGAGCGAACCUGGCAUGUCACCGCAGGCCUCUCUCUAGCUGUUGUCGGAUUUGUGAUGUCAUGUGCGACUGUCAAUGUAGCAGUGCGAUAUACAGCAACCUUUCUUUAUGCUACUGGCGCUUACUCGGUCGGGUCUGUCAUUCUGGGCUGGGUCAGCAAUACCUUGUCUCAAACUCCUGAGAAAAAGUCGGUUGCUUAUGCUUUGGUCAACGUUACAGCCAACUUAGCUUACAUCUACUGUGCUUACCUCUGGCCUUCAUCAGAUGGCCCCGAUUAUCUUAUGGGAUUCUCUACUAUGGUGGCCUUUGCUGCUACAAGUAUCAUGUGUGCCUGGGCUAUGAGGUUCUGGUUGAAGAGACUCAACAGCAAGAUUCUCGAGUCAGAGAACGAGACAGUGGCUCUUUAUGCUUAUUAG